AUGGAGAGAUUACAAUCGCUUUUGGGCGGCCGCAUGGGCGGCAUGGGCGGCAUGGGCGGACCAGGGUUCCAGGAUUCGCCUGCGAUCGAUAAUGCAGAAACCGUGUACAUAUCGUCACUUGCGUUGCUCAAGAUGCUCAAGCACGGGCGUGCAGGUGUUCCAAUGGAAGUGAUGGGGUUGAUGUUGGGCGAGUUUGUGGACGACUUCACGAUCACAGUUGUGGACGUUUUCGCCAUGCCCCAAAGUGGUACCGGAGUGUCUGUCGAGGCUGUUGACGACGUGUUCCAGACCAAGAUGAUGGACAUGCUCAAGCAGACCGGUAGAGACCAAAUGGUUGUUGGCUGGUACCAUUCCCAUCCAGGUUUCGGGUGCUGGUUGUCGAGUGUCGAUGUGAAUACGCAGCAGAGUUUCGAGCAGCUCAACCCGAGAUCCGUUGCGGUGGUCAUAGAUCCAAUCCAGAGUGUCAAGGGUAAGGUUGUCAUCGAUGCGUUCCGCUCGAUUCCCUCGCAAGUUCUGAUGAUGGGUCAGGAACCCAGACAGACCACGUCCAACGUGGGGUUGCUCAACAAGCCAACCAUCCAGGCGUUGUUGCACGGGUUGAACAGAAGUUAUUACUCGUUGAACAUCGACUACAGGAAAACAGAGAAAGAAACAGAUAUGUUGUUGAACCUACACAAGAAGGAAUGGACAAGCGGACUCAAAUUAAAGAACUACGACGAUCAAGACUGCGAAAACCUCGAAGGCUCGAAGAAGCUCAUCAAGGUGGCCAAACAGUACGUCGAAAGAAUCCAGGAGGAGAAGACUUUGACAGAAGAUCAACUGAAAACGAGGUACGUUGGUAAGCAAGAUCCUAAGAAGCAUCUCACAGCAACCGCAGAAAACUUGAUCGAGGACAACAAUGUAUCCAUAGUCACAAGUAAUGUUAAUAGAUUAGCUAUAUAA